GGCCCCACAGCUACUCGCUGCGCGAGCACCCAGACGCCUGGGUCCCCAGAGACUUCCUGUUCCUUGAGCUCCCUUGGGCAGCGAUUUGAAGGUUCCUCAGUUUCAGGACCGAAGGACCCUGGGCCACCACCUUCUUUCCUUCAAUGGAACACCACCUCUCCCCUUUCUGGGGCACCUUGGGAUGUGGUCUUGACUGACACGGAAGCAGGCCAUUUACCACACUUGGGGCUGUGUGAGUCCUUUCUGAAUUCAGAGUAGGACAAUAUCACCAAGCAGACACCUCUUCUGAACCGGAACUGAUUCUGGCUUCGGAGGAGAUCCUGAGAAUCUUACGCAGAGUCAGGAAGUGGUCACAGAUUUGGGAAGCGCAUUGCACAGCUCAGUCAUGUUCCUUCGACGGCUUGGUGGCUGGCUACCUCGACCUUGGGGUCGAAAGAAAUCAACAAAGGCUGAUUUGCCUGCCCCAGAACCCAGAUGGGUGGACAGCUCCCCGGAGAAUUCGGGGAGUGACUGGGACAGUGCUCCAGAGACCAUGGGAGAUGUGGGGCCCCUUAAGACCAAGGAUUCAGGAACACGGAGACCCCCCGGGGCUGCUCCAGAGUCUAGCAGGGACCUCAAAGUGGAUCAACUGGGGAGCAAAAGAAUGGAUUCCCUCAAGCGGGACAAGACUGCCUCUACCAUUCAAGAGCCUGCAAGACUGGAGUCUGGAGGGGCCAUUCCCAAACUAGACUGGGAUCCUGUGGAUUCAGGUGGCGUGAAGAACCUUGGAGUGUCCGCUCAAGGGAGACUAGGCACCAUUGGGCCAGAAGCCCUGUUGGAGAAACCUGGUCGCCGUCAGAAGCUGCUGCGUUGGUUACGGGGGGAACCAGGGGCUCCUUCACAUUACCUGCAGGACCCAGAGGAGUACCUGCAGAUCUCUACCAACUUGACCCUGCACCUGCUGGAGCUGCUUGCCACAGCCCUGCUGGCUCUGUGCUCCAGGCCACUCCGAGCCAUCUUGGAUGCUUUGGGCCUUCGAGGACCUGUGGGCCUCUGGCUUCAUGGGCUGCUAUGUUUCCUGGCCGCCCUACAUGGGCUCCACGCUGUGCUGAGCUUACUUACUGCCCACCCCCUGCAUUUUGCCUGCCUCUUUGGCUUGUUGCAGGCCCUGGUGCUGGCUGUCAGCCUCCGGGAACCUGUUGAAGAUGAGGAGACCGCUGAUUGGGAGAGUGAGGGGCAGGAGAGGGAGGCCAAGGAGCAGAGGGAAGGUCCCGGAAGGAUGUUGUGACUGGGAGAGGGUGGGAGCAAAGGGUAAAGAUAGUGGGGUGGCCUUUAGGAGGAAGGUGGGGAAACCCAGAUUGUAAGCACAGAGACCUCAGGGAUGGGGAGGAAACUCAGGCACAGGAGCUCCUGUCACACUUGACAGACAGGGCUGGCUAGGAUGGCCAGUAAUGGACAAUGGGACAUCACCAUUGAAGUCACCAGCUUUUUUUUUUUUUUUUUUUUUUUUUUUUUUUGGUUUUUUUGAGACAGGGUUUCUCUGUAUAGCCCUAGCUGUCCUGGAACUCACUCUGUAGACCAGGCUGGCCUCGAACUCAGAAAUCCGCCUGCCUCUGCCUCCCGAGUGCUGGGAUUAAAGGCAUGUGCCACCAUGCCCAGCAAAGUCACCAGCUUUUGUUAUUUCUUGCUUUUACAUUUACUCACUUUUUUUUUUUUUUAAAUUUCCACCUCCACUUUUUAAAAGCAAAAUAGAAUAAAAGCAACCGUGGAGAACGGACACCACAGGGCCCUUUCCAAGCGCAGGGGUGGAUGGGGCCAGAGGCAGGACAGAGAUCUCUGCAUUAAGAGUUGAUGGGGAGACCCGUAGUGUCCCUUGGAUCCUAGGACUAGAACCGUUUAGAGGAGAGUGAGGCUUUGAGGGAGAAGGGGCUUCAGGUGCCGCAGUACCUGCAGUGAGGGUCUGCAGGUCGGUGGGAGCCAGAAGAAACAGAGCUGCUGUGGGCUGGAUUGGCAUGAGGACCAGUACAGAAGAGCUGGCAGCUCUGAAGGGCAGUGGGGGAAGCACCGUGACUGCCUCUCCACUCAGGCAUUGCUCACUCAGCAAUAAAUGUGCCACACUACAUCCUAAAUACACCAGUCUAAUGUGA